UAUAACAUGGAGAGUGUUGAGAGAGAGUGCGGGGCACUGGGUGGAUUGUUUCAGGCUAUCGUCAAUGAUAUGAAGUGCUCAUAUCCAGUGUGGGAAGACUUUAGUGCCAAGGCCACAAAACUCCACUCCCAGCUGAGGACCACAGUACUGGCGGCCGCAGCCUUCCUGGAUGCCUUUCAGAAGGUGGCAGACAUGGCGACGAACACAAGAGGUGCUACCAGAGACAUUGGCUCUGCUCUAACCCGCAUGUGUAUGAGGCAUCGCAGCAUCGAGGCCAAACUCCGACAUUUCACCAAUGCACUUAUGGAAAAACUGAUCACACCCCUUCAAGACAAAAUCGAGGAGUGGAAGAAGACCGCCGCCCUGUUGGACAAAGAUCAUGCCAAAGAAUACAAGCGUUCUCGACAGGAGAUCAAGAAAAAGUCAUCGGACACAUUGAAGCUGCAGAAGAAAGCGAGGAAAGAACUCCCAGGUAGAGGAGGUUUGCAGCCACAGUUGGACAGUGCCAUGCAGGAUGUGAGUGACAUGUAUCUGCUGAUGGAGGAGACAGAGAAACAGGCAGUGCGCAGAGCCCUCCUGGAGGAGAGGGGGCGAUACUGCACUUUCAUCAGUCUUCUGCAACCAGUUGUGAAUGGAGAGAUUUCCAUGCUUGGAGAGGUUACUCACCUUCAAGCCAUCAUGGAUGACCUUACUGUCCUGACCACAGACCCACACAAACUACCAGAAGCAAGCGAACAGGUGAUCGUGGAUCUAAAAGGCUCAGACUACAGCUGGUCUUACCAGACCCCACCCUCAUCCCCCAGCAGCGUGGGGUCCAGAAAGAGCAGUCUGUGCAGGUACGGACCUGAGGAGCACACGGACACUUUAACACAGCCUCUCAGGGAUUCUGGGGCUUUCUCCUUCAUGAUAUUACCCGUGUCCUCUGCUGUCUCUCACAAGCUGCCCUCGUUUAAUGUUUUUCUCAGUUUGGUGCAUCUGCCACCGGGGGGCGCCCAUCGCCUGAGCAGCGUGUCCUCUCAUGACUCGGGUUUCGUCUCUCAAGAUGCCAAUGUGCACUCCAAACCUCCCUCUCCCAUGCCCUCUGACAUCACCAGUCAGAAAUCCUCCAGCUCAGCAUCCUCAGAGGCCUCUGAAACCUGUCCGUCCGUCAGCGAGUGCGGCUCUCCCACAUCCGAUUGGUCCAAAUCGGGUCACUAUGAGCAACCACCAGGUGCCCCAGUGCAGCGAAGGAGUGACCUCUCAGAGCGACUCAGAGAACCAGAGCUCUCUAGUGGUCCAAGAGGAAAUGGCAUGAUGCACCCUGAGGACCCUUACAGGGCAAGGAUGAGCUCAGCAAAUGUCACUGCCAAGCAUGGUAAAGCGAUGUCAUCAGCGGCCAGUGAGCUUGCCAUGGUUCUGACUCGUGGUCUCAGUAUGGAACAGCAGAAGAGCAGCUGUGACUCACUGCAGUACUCCAGUGGUUACAGCACCCAGAACACCACACCAUCCUGCUCAGAGGACACCAUUCCUUCACAGGGCUCUGACUAUGACUGCUACUCUAUGAAUGGAGAUGCUGAUAGUGAUGCUCAGACAGACUUUGACAAGUCCUCCACAGUCCCUCGCCAUAGCAACCUGGCUCAGAACUACCGCCGUAUGAUCCAGACCAAGAGGCCAGCAAGCACUGCUGGGCUGCCCGGAGGAACAGGUGUGCAGGGAGCGUCUGCUGCCAAUAGUAAAGGAGGAGGAGGAGGAGGAGGAAGCAUUUCCUCUGGAACUGCCACCAUUCGCCGAACUCCCUCCUCGAAGACCGGAGUGAGACGCACCCCCUCGAAUUCCGGGCCGAUCCCCAUCCGACCUCCCAUCGUCCCCGUUAAAACCCCCACCGUCCCAGACUCCCCAGGGUUCCCCAGUCCUCCGGAACACAACGGGAGCGAAGAAAGCUUCUACGGGGAUGAUGGCUCUCUGGAAACCCUGGAAUACAAGGCUUCGCCCAAGCGAAUGAGUUUGCCUAACCCAGCGUGGGGCUCCGGAAGUGGGCUGGAGAUGAGCCCUUACGUCCAGCAGCCUGCGGCUAUGGCCCUGAGCACGGAGGAGGAGCAGCUUUUGGCUGCCAAUCGCCACAGCCUGGUGGAGAAGAUCGGCGAGUUAGUGGCCAAUGCCCACGCCCUGGGAGAGGGCCAGUUCCCCUUCUCCGCGGACGGAGUGUCCGGCCAGGGACACCAGAGGGACCCGCGGGGACCACAGGACAGCGAGGACAUGUUGAGGACCAUCCGCAGAGGCGUCCGCCUACGAAGAACUGUCUGUAACGACAGAUCGGCUCCUAGGAUCAUGCGAUAGGCCAGCAGAAGACAGCUUGUCACUGCCAACUCUCUCCCCAAAUUAUUCCUCAAAGGGAUAUCCCUUUGUUAUUUCUAACGUCAAGUCCUUCAUUAUGAAAUAAGUGUUAAUGAAAGCUAUGUCACUGUAAUAUGAGUGUGUAUGGACAUGAUUUCCA